AUGAGGAAACUGAGGCUUAAAGAAGAGAAGCGUGAAACCCAGUCAUGCAGCAGGGAAGGGGCUGCGAUAGGAUCCUAUGCCUCUCUGCUUCUGGGACCCAGCCAGCAUGCUCUGUGCCCGCUGCCCCAUGAGGCGAGAGCUUCUGUAGGCAGAAGCCGCCCCCACCCCCGCCUUGCACAGAGGAGCUUCGGUGUGGCUGUCUUUGCAGCCCCUCCCCAAACCCCAUAUUCAGGCACGCGCCGCCCAACCCAAGACAGAGAGGCCGCCAGGGGGCGCCUACCUGGAUGUGGCUGCCACCGUUACGCAGUCCUGGGAAGUCCACACCUGCCCAGCAGGUGUCUCUGCCCAGAGCAAACAGGGGCCCAGGAGCCCCGAGGCCUUGGAGAUAAGGCCUGGCCAGGAUAUAUCCGGCGCACAGGCCGGGGCGCAGAGGUGCUCAGGGUUCCCAGGACGGUAGCAUUGGACGCGAGAGAGCGUCCAGGGCCUCACAGAGCGGCCAUGGACCCUGGGGGGGCAGCAGGCUCCUCAGCGCCCCCGGGCCCUUUGACUCACCUGAGCCUGCAGGACGGCUCGGAGGCGCGGCUGCAGACCUCCACUCACCUUGCUGCUGGCCUGCCCUGGGCCAGGUCCUCCCCAGAGCGUGCCGCUGUGCUGAGGGAAGGAGUGCGCAGGUGUCUGCAGCAACGGUGUGAGCAGACCGUGCGGAUCCUGCACGCCAAGGUGGCCCAGAAGUCGUAUGGAAAUGAGAAGCGGUUCUUCUGUCCCCCGCCCUGUGUCUACCUCACGGGUCCCGGAUGGAGGGUGAAGCCAGUGCCGGGCCAAGCCCAGCAGGCAGGAGACACCGGGCCCACCGUCUGCGGUUACAUGGGGCUGGACGGCGCAUCUGGCAGCGCUGCCGAGACGCAAAAGUUGAAUUUCGAGGAGCAGCCGGACUCCAGGGAAUUCGGUUGUGCCAAGACCCUGUACAUCUCCGACGCUGACAAGAGGAAGCACUUCCGACUGGUGCUUCGCCUCGUGCUGCGAGGCGGCCGGGAGCUGGGCACCUUCCACAGCCGCCUCAUCAAGGUCAUCUCGAAGCCCUCGCAGAAAAAGCAGUCGCUGAAAAACACUGACCUGUGCAUAUCAUCCGGCUCGAAGGUCUCCCUCUUCAACCGCCUGCGCUCCCAGACGGUGUCCACACGCUACCUCUCGGUGGAGGACGGGGCCUUCGUGGCCAGCGCGAGACAGUGGGCCGCCUUUACGCUCUGCCUUGCUGAUGAACACUGUUCCCAAGGGGACUUCCCACCUCGAGAGGGCUACGUCCGAUACGGCUCCCUGGUGCAGCUGGUCUGCACAGUCACAGGCCUCACACUGCCUCCUAUGAUAAUCCGCAAAGUAGCCAAACAGUGUGCACUGCUCGAUGUGGACGAACCUAUCUCCCAACUGCACAAGUGUGCCUUCCAGCUUCCAGGCGGCCCUCCAGGAGGGGGUGGUACCUAUUUAUGCCUUGCCACAGAGAAGGUGGUGCAGUUCCAGGCCUCUCCGUGUCCCAAAGAGGCGAACAGGGCGCUGCUCAACGACAGCUCCUGCUGGACCAUCAUCGGCACGGAGUCGGUGGAGUUCUCCUUCAGCACCAGCCUGGCGUGCGCGCAGGAGCCGGUCUCGGUCUCGCCGGUGCCCCUCAUCGGCUCCCUCGAGGUGACCCGGACCGCCCCGAAGCCCGCCGCUGCCGACGCCGACACGAUCCUGGAGAGCAUCCACCACGAGUUCACUCGCACCAACUUCCACCUCUUCGUCCAGACCUAGGAGCCGCCCCCUGCUGCCUGGCCCCUCUGUUGUGAAAGGGGAGAAGGGAGCUCCUUAGAAACCUGGCCUUCCACGGCUCGCACGGCUACACCCUGGGCGGCACCCUGCGAUCAUUGUGUGUGUGGCUUGUCUCAUCCGCCUCAUCUCCCUGUGCCUCUCACCCAGUCUCAAUCAACGGAUCUAUCUGCCUCCCUAACCUCUCUGUAGGUCUAUCUGUGUGCCCCUCCACCUUUGUCUCUCUGGCUCUCCGCUUGUGUUUUACACAAUGUCACACACUCCAAGAAGCCCAACCUGGGGUAUUGGUCCUCCAGGCACCGACUUGAAGACAAACCACAUAGCUUUGAAAGCCCGGGCAGACAAUGAGGCCUGAGGCAUGGCCGGCACACCCUUGAGUACCGCCAAGUCCUACCCAGCCCUGGGUCUCACCUGGAACGCUGGACUCUGCUGGCCCCCUGCCCUGGCACGGGGCUGGAACACCUUAGAGUUAGCCUAGCAGCCUGGCCCGAGCUUGCUCUCUGCUGCACAGCCUUGGUGGCUGCAGAGGUGCCUGGGACAGCAUCAGGUUUUGCCAUCUUAACUGUCCCCAGUAGGGCCAGAAAGAUGUAGUCCUGAGGAUCAGGGAAUUCUCUGCUGUGCUAGAAUCUGCUGUUGUGUAACCCUCUGUCUGAUGGAGCCAACAGCCUGCCUUUCUGAGCCUCUCUAGAGGAGUAACUGGCAUCCCUGAGCCCCUGUCCUUGCCCCAGAAGCCACCUGUCAACUCUGGUAACUAGUUAUCUUACUGGGGUUUCCUGUCACAAGCAAUGAUGCACCCUAAACUCAGAGACUGAUAUAGGAGCUCUUCGGAACAAAGCUUUCCUAGGACAACCGUGGCAGAAGCCUUGGGCUAACUGGGCAAUAAUGCAUCUGGAAGAGGGGUUCCUCUUCUCGGUGCCACAGACCGAAUCACGGCCCAUCCCUGAUCAGCCUGCCUACCCUGAGCCUACUCUGUGCUCUCCAGGGAAGAAGACAAAAAUAAAUAAACAUCAGACAGGCCCCUUGCCUGGUCUAUGGGAACCAAGGAUGCAGAUAUCAUGGGUUCCAGCUACUGUACCAGCCCCUGGUGGUGGCUCCUGAUGGGGGAAACUGGUCUGAAAUGGGGGCUUAGGGUCCAAUCCUCUGAGCCUUUCCUUGGCCUUUUGAGGGAGAGAGCUCACUUCCUGUAAAAUGCCUUCCCCAGAAUGUGGAAAGUCCCAUAAGAAUCCAGAAGCAGGAAAAAAAAAAAAAAAACAGCUCACAUUUCCCAGCAGGAUUUGCUCCCCAGACUUGGCAGUCUGACCUCACAAUGACCAGCAGGGGAGAAGUUUGCUCAAAGCCCACAUGGCCCCUGGUGAAUCCUGGCUGAGGAAUGGCAGGAACGUACCGAAUGGGAAGUCCCCAGAAUGAGUGCUGCUUCAGGAGGGUCUGUGUCACUGUCCCACGGUGGUGUUGAAGGUGAUGGAAGCUAAGAGGAGUUGCACAGCACACCUCGCGGGGAGCUGGGCUCAAGGGCCAUGCGGCUCGGUCUUUCACACUGCCUGCAGGGGCCCCUAUAACCCUCAGUCCCACCGAGCUGCCCAGUUGGAAGACUGUGACUUCCAAGCUCCAGCCCUACCCUGUCUCCUGAGUUCUGGCUGCCGACUCUUCCCUGGAUAUCCUCCUUGGUCCUGAUCCUGCUCAGCUAACAUCAAGAAUCCCUUCCCUUUCUGCCCACAAAAGAUGUUCCGGACCUUCUAUCUCCCCCACAAGAUGCUGUCACCAAGGCCCAGAGACUCUACUUCUCCUUCUGCAUUUAAAUAUGCUUCUUCCUCUCUCUUCACUGCUGUGCGGCCUCCAGCCUCACCUCAGCUGCCAACUCCUCCAACUGGCACCAGUCUUCUAUCUUGUAUUCCAUCACGUGGGCGCCUGCCUUGGAUCAAGGGGCUUUGUGCACACGUCCAUUAUCCCCUAUAAGCUGUCAUCUUCAAGGGGAAAGGAGCAUUUAUCUCUCUGUGUCCUGAAGAACAUAUCACAGUGUCUUGUACAUUGAGUUGGUGCUCAUUAAAGACUAACAAAUUGUAUCGCAGCUGAAUCGGCCAGCAAUUGGGAUAGUGCAAAUCCAAAGUACAACCACCAGGUGGCACUGUCCCUUACUCAAGCAUUACGUUCCUUUUUUUUUUUUUAAGACGUCGAUGGGGUCCUUAAAUAUCUGAAUUUUUUCAUG